AUGUCAUCACCCGGUGUGAGCGGCAGUGAUCCGGAGCGGAGGUCCGUUGCUGGCCUGGCCACUAAAUCUGGAGGCAGGGGUAAGGUGGCUCACAGCCUGGCUGGGCCUGACCUGGGGGGAGUGGGGCCUUCUGUGAGGUGCUGUGAUGGACAGGGUGGCGCCCUGGUUCCUGGUAGUGGGGUAGCAGUGAGCAGUGGUAGUAAGGGAGAGGAGGGACAGGCCACGGCAGCAUUGGUGGUUGGUGGUCCCAAAGUCAGGCAGAGUGAGUUAGGCCUGGGUUCUCUCCAGCUUAGGCCCAUGGGUCCUAGCCAGUUUAGUGGGGGUGAUGAGUAUGGGUCUGGGGAGGAAUGUGAGGAGUUUGAGCUGGGCCCUGGGGAGGUGGACUUAUUUUUAAACUCCUCUGAUGAGGAGUGUGUUCCUCCCUCCCCUGGGUCCUCCAGUAAGAAUGUUAGCCGCUUUGGGGGGUCAGCUGAGAGGGUUUCUGUGGGUCCUAGGCCUGAGUCUGUUAGCCAUGCUGUGGGGGGAGGGGGUACGGCCAGGUUCAGGGAGGAGGUUGGGGUGUGUGGCUCACAUGUUAGCUUUUCUCUUCCAGAGCAUAGCCCAUCUGAACGACGGCCAGGGCCUCAGCCUGGUCCAUCUUUGAGGGAGGAUGUCUUUGACGGCCUUGAGGAGGAUUUCUCUGGCUUGCAAGGUUCCUGGACGGAUUCUAUUCGUUUGGAGCAUGAUGACGGUCCACAGCAGGAGGUGCGGCCUGUUGGACGCAAAGAGGAUCAACCACGGCAGUUGGCACAACAGGGACGGCCAGCUGCCACUUCUACUGGAGGCGAGCGAGAGACUACGGGGCAACGCAGCAGCGGGCUCCAGGCGACUUUCAGCAGUCCUUCAAGCGUCAGGAAUACGGAGAGCACUUCAGCAGGUGAGACAGGGUUGUUGAAUGUGGGGGGGAGUGAUGUUACAUUGUGUGUUGUUAGGAGUGUGGAUUGUGAUUCAGUGACAGGGAGUGUAGUGGCGGGAUUGAAAGUGUUGUUAGCUAAAUUGGAAGGAGUUGGCCCUGCGCAAGGGGUUGGUGUAGAGAGAGCGUGGGUCCCUGUUGACAGGCCGGCGGGUGUACCCGUUGUGGAGAGGGUUGAGGACUGCAGUGUGGCGGUCCCUGAUGUCUCAGGGGGUGGUGUCUCGGUUGUGGCGCAGACUUCCGGGCCUAUAGUGGGGUCUUCCGGGGUGGUCUCGAGGCAGGGUGAGGGAGCUGAGUUGAGGGUGGCUGAUACAGCAAUGUCUCGGUCGUGUCUCUGCUCAAUCGGGCCGUUGGGGAUGUACUUGACCUCUGAGGUGAGGGACAAGAUAUAUAAGAGGGAUUUUAUCGAAUUGUUCUCUCUUCUCCCGCUUGAGCAGUCUUUCGAGAUCCCGGAGACGUGGCCAAGAAGGAGGAGGAGGAGAGAAAAAAGAGAUAUAGGAAGUUGCCGAAAACAUUUUCUAACUGGUUUCAGGCAUUUUUAA